AUGGCCGCCAGCACUUUCGAGACGCAGGGCGUGCGGGUUGCCGUCGAGGGUUGUGGCCACGGCACUCUCCACGCCAUCUACGACUCCGUUGCACGGUCAUGCAAGGAACGCGGCUGGGAUGGCGUCGACCUGCUCAUCAUUGGAGGUGACUUUCAGUCCGUUCGCAAUGCCUCAGACUUGACGGCCAUGUCGGUGCCCGUCAAGUACCGCCACCUAGGCGACUUUCCCGAGUACUAUUCUGGGGCGCGGACUGCUCCCUACCUCACCAUCUUCAUCGCUGGUAACCACGAGGCAAGCUCGCAUCUUUGGGAGCUGUACUAUGGCGGCUGGGUCGCUCCCAACAUCUACUAUCUCGGCGCCGCCAAUGUCCUGCGGUUUGGCCCACUUCGGAUCGCCGGAAUGUCUGGCAUCUGGAAAGGGCAUGACUACCGCAAGCCGCAUCACGAGCGGCUUCCCUUCAAUUCGGACGAUGUCAAGUCUUUCUAUCACGUCCGCGAGGUUGACGUCCGCAAGCUGCUGCUGAUCCAAACUCAAGUCGACGUUGGUCUGAGCCAUGACUGGCCGCGGGCCAUCGAAAAGCAUGGCGAUUCGGAGCGCUUGUUCAAGAAGAAGCCAGACUUUCGAGCUGAGUCGAGAGACGGAACUCUGGGCAGCGUCGCAGCAGAGUACGUCAUGGACAGACUUCGCCCGCCAUACUGGUUUUCUGCCCAUCUGCAUGUCAAGUUUGCCGCCUUGAAAAAGUACGACGGCGCGGACAAUGCUGUCGACCCUGCGACGAACGGCAAGGAAACUCCGCCUCCCGUGCAGCAAGAUGCCGAGCCCAAUCCCGAUGAGAUUGACUUGGACAUGGACGAUGAUGACACUGGAGCUAGCGAACGCAAUGGCAAACAAGGCCAUACGGACGCCAGUCAGGAGGAAACCAACCGGGUGUCUGAUGAGCUACGAGCUCAGCUACCCGCGUCCUUUGCUCCUCCUCCACCACAGGUACCGAGACAAACGCCAGGUCAGCCAGUUCCUCCUGGCAUUGCCAACAAGGAGGUUCGAUUCUUGGCCUUGGACAAGUGCCUCCCCAAACGGCAGUACCUCCAACUGUGCGAGCUUGUCCCGUACGACCGAGAGGCGUUGUCGCUUCAUCCUCCUAAAGACUCGUCACCUCGCUAUCGGCUCCAGUAUGACCCAGAGUGGCUCUCUAUUACGCGAGUAUUCCACUCAUCCCUUUCAAUUGGCGAUCGAAAUGCCCAAGUGGCCGAAAAUCUGGGAGAAGACAAGUAUCUGCCCUCGAUCGAGAAAGAGCGGGAAUGGGUCGAAGAAAAUGUCGUCAAGCCAGCCAAGUUGGACGUGCCGGAAAAUUUUGAGUUGACAGCACCGCCUCAUGUUCCCGGAAGUCCUGAGAUUGUCCAGGAGCAGCCAGAAGAAUACACAAACCCCCAAACCGCGGCGUUCUGCAACCUUCUCGGAGUCGAGAAUCUAUGGGACGCCACGACAGAGGAAAGAACGGAGCGGAAGGAACGAGGCCCACCGCCAUCUGCUUUCCGCGGAGGCCAUCGUGGUGGCUUCGGCGGUGGAAGAGGUGACACUGACAAACAAUUCUCGCACAUCGCCGGCAACGCGCAGAGUGCAGAAGCAAUGACCGACCCAUUGCCCUACGUGUAUGAGCCCCUGCCGAGCACCUCGCACAUCCGGCUGCUGAGGCGCGAAGCGACCGGGCCUGAUGGGACGCUGCGCUUCUCGCUCACAACGCGGCGCGUUGCCGACGCAAAGGGCCCCGAUUACCACUGCCUGUCAUACACAUGGGGUAACCCGUUCGCCCACGGACGGUACUUUAGCGAGCACUUCGAGUCGGUGGCGCCGCAGUACGAGCCGGAGAGCACGGUGGCCAUUGAGCUGGAUGGGCGAGAGCUGCGCAUCCAGCGCAACCUGCACGACGCGCUGAGGGAGGUGCCGCGGUCGGCAUACGUGGACUAUCUCGACAGGCCGCUGGCGGGGAAGGGCGGCAGGACGUAUCUCCAUGACAUCGCGGAGGGAGGCAGCGCCGAGCUGGUAGAGGGAUGGCUGUGGAAUGGAGCGGCCGUGGGUAGCCUCGACGAUAGGGGCAGGGCGGCGCUGCACUAUGCGGCGGAGAAGGGGCACGCGGCAAUCGUGGAGAUGCUCUGCAAGGCGGGCUCGGUUCGUGCUCGGAUGGACAAGAACGAGAAGAGCGCCUUGGAUCUGGCGAGGGACGGAGGUCACGGCGAUGUGGUUGUUCUACUCGAGGGCUACAUCGGACAGCCGGAUCCUCUGCCUCUCGAGUCACAGUCUCCAAGGAACCCUGACCCAGCCGACAGGUUGAUAUGGGCCGACGCAAUCUGCAUUAAUCAAGCCGACAUUGACGAGAAGAGCGCCCAAGUCAGCAUGAUGGACCGCAUCUACUCCAACGCCGCCUACGCAGUCGCCUGGCUGGGACCACCGGACGAGCGCUCGUCGCUCGGGCUACAGACCCUGAGCACCCUCACAGAGCACCUCGAAGGCUUCAGGGCCAGCCGGAUAGAGCCCUUUGGCGGCUACGACAAGGCCAACUACGCGGACGCGGGUGUGCCCUUCAUCCCCUGGGCGGAGUGGGCGGCGUUGGCGGGCAUUUACCAGCGGCAGUGGUUCCGGCGGGCGUGGAUCGUGCAGGAGGCCAUCCUGCCUCCCAUCCUGCUCAUGUACCUCGGCGACACGUACAUCUCGUGGUACGACCUGGGCAACGUGGCGGACGCGCUGCGGCACAGCAAGGCCAAGCUGGGCGCGAGCGGCUCGACGGCCUUUGUGCCGCUGCACGACGCCGCCGUGGCCGUCGAGUGGAACAUGGGCGAGGUGCACAAGUAUAGGACUAACAGGAACAUGGCCCUGCGGCGGGACGUCGACGCCGCAGAGGUGCGCGCGUCGAGGUCACUGUUUGUGCUGCGCGAGCUCGUCUUCAACUUCUGGACGUUUCUCGCGUCGGACCCAAGGGACAAGGUCUUUGCGUUCUACGGCGUCAUCAAUGCGUUUGCGGAUCGCCGGCUGAUGACCGACUACCGUCGUUCGCUGGUUGAUGUUUACACGGCUACGACGAGGCAGUUGAUACUGGACGCGGGCAACUUGUCGGCGCUGUCUGCGUGCGUCUAUCCGGUCCAGAGGCGCGACGAUCUGCCCAGCUGGGUGCUGGACUUUAGCCUUCCUGGCAUCAACGGGGUGCCGGAAAUCUUUUCCGCUGACAAGGGGCUGGAAUACCAGACGCCGAGAGAGGAUGCCUUCGACAGCCCGGUUCUUGGUGUGCGAGGCCAGAGGAUCGGGAGCAUCUCGCUGGCGGCGGGACGCCCGAAUAUUGGACCCUCUGGAAAGCUACAGUUUGACCCGUCAUGGCUGAGGCUGCUGCUUUCUAUCCGAGGCCAGAACGGCUACGGCGAGCAGCCUGUCCUGUCCGAGAUCCUCUGGCGGACGCUGUGCAUGGACAUGUCCUCCGGGAGCCUGUUCGACUCCAAGGUCUACGGGGCGCGGGCGCCCGACGAGUUCGGCAAUCAGUUCCGGAUGUUCAUGCUCCUCAUGGUCCUAGCGGGCGCGGACCGCAUGGUCCUAGACAAAGUCGGCGUCGAGCCCAGCAUAAAGCACACCUUCACCGUUAGCGAGCUCCCCUACGACCCCAUGAAGGCGGACAUGGAGGCGACACUGGCGGAUCUCGAUGCCGUUGCCGCGCAGGAUGGGGAGCUCAACUACCUGCCGAGCCGCGAGGAGGUGCUGUACUUUUGGGACAAGCUCGAGUGCACCAUGGUGCGCAACACGGCCGUGGACGCCGACGGCGGGCCCAACGACUUUUACGUGCCGCCCGAGGUGCGGGCCGGCCGGAGCCGCAUCGUCGGCUGCGGGUAUGUGGUCCGCGGGUCGCGCAUGUUCCAGCGCUGCGAGGGCUUUGCCAGCGCGUACAGCAGCGUGUACGGCGGGCGGCAGCUCGUGACCGUCGACGGCGCGUACCUGGGCAUGGCGGCGUUGUCGGCCGCGCAGGGGGACGAGGUCUGGGUGCUGCCUGGCUUGACGGCGCCGGCGGUGCUGAGGCUGGUGGCACCGGGGAAUGGGACCGCGCCGCGGUAUCACUUUGUGGGCGCGUGCUAUGUUCACGGGUUGAUGCAUGGCGAGGUGGCUGCCAGCGGGCGGUCUGAAUUGGUGGACAUAGAUUUGGUGUGA